AAAUAAGGUACCUCGGUGGCAGAGAAUCUGCCUGUUCCUUUAAUCUCACACAUACUACGGCCAGAACCCCAGUUACCCGCAAACGACCCGCUGUUUGCUAUCUAAACCCAAUUGUUACCCGAAACCCUUCCAUCGUCUUUCGCCCCGAACCAUUAGAGUAACGACAAUUCUACCAUCCCUCUCCGAUAAAUCCUCCACCACUCUCAGCCCUUCUUUCAGCCACGCCCUUCGUCCUCCCCGCACUCCCACCCGCCGAUUUUUACGAUUCUACGAUCCCACGAAUCGAUGCUCGACUCAUGUCAAGUCCCCCUUCCACGUUCGAAAAUCCCGCAGCUCCGCCGCCGUUGGUGAGGUCCGCCGUCGAUUCGACCAACGCCCCUUCGCUUCCUUACCCGUUGCCGCAUCAGCAACUGCAGCUGCAGCAGCAGCGGCAACAGCAAACGCAGCAUCAUGACGACGCAGGCCAUGCUGAUGCUGCUGCUGUAACCACCGCUGCUGCUGAUACCUCGCCUUCGGCGGCCCGCCGUCCAACGGCAACCACAACGCCGGUCAAGGCGCAACUCCCAGCCAGGGCCCGCACCUUGCCCACCGCCCUGACUGCACGCCCCCAAUUUGAGGAAGACUCGCCCCAAUUGUCGGAGAGGGAUAGCAUUUUUGCGACCCACUAUGUACCGUCCAACAGCGCCACGAGCUCCCCCAACCUGGUCCCCGUCCAUGACCCUGGCCAGCAUGCUGCCGACGUUGACGCGACCAAGCAUCAUUAUCCUUGGUCAGAUCUGGCAUCAUCCUCUUCUCGUCUGCAGCAACAACAGCAGAAGCAACAACCGCAGCUACCGCGGCAUCAGCAGCAGCAGCAGCAGCGGUCCAGCUCCUCUCUUUUCCACAUGGCCCGCUCCUCCCCUAGCCCGCUCGACAGCUAUCGUUUUGGAGAAAACUUUCGCAACGACAGAGCGCCGCCCAGCUUGUCGCCCACUUCCACCCCCCUGACUCCGACUCGUUGGCCAGAGUCGUCGUUGGCUUCGUCACCUCGCAAAUUUCUCAACUCCCAACCCGAUCCCUUUGGGCGCGAAGGCCAGCCGGCUGACCGCAACGUUUCCGAUUCCUUUUCGACCUCCCGCAAGAGCAGCAGCCUGCUGCGCUUGUCGGACCAUGUAACUCAUGAUGGAACCAUCAAUUACAAACCAUCUUCUCGUGAUCCCUCAUUGCCAUUGCAGCACCGUCUCGAGCCCAGUGCGGACAAGGUUAGAGCGCCGCCGUCCACUGCCGGUCGUAGUCCGAGUCGGAGCAGAGGCCCGGGACCCGUCGAGAAGAAGAUUGAAGCUACAUUGGCGAACGUUGAGGCCAACGUCAAUUCUCGAAGUCGAAAGUCGAGUCAUUACUUGGGACUCUUCAAGGAGAACACUGCUUCCAAGGAGCACAAGAAGCGCGAAGAGACGGCCAAGGACCGCAAACCGAAAGAGGCAGGCGUGGAAAUGAAAGGGGACGUGACCUCGAACCUCGCAGGUGCAGCAGGAAGCCCAAAGAGUACGAAUGCAAUCGCCGUCGCCCUCCCGGCGGAAGCCCCUCUCUCUUCCCCUCAGCUCGAAGCUAAUCAGCCAGUCCCGCAACCCUCUGCAGAUGCUCAGCGAUCACACCUCGAUCGAUUGAUCAGCCAACAACACAGGACGGACGCUGCUCCGCCUCUAUUGAAGAGCCCGCUCUCGCCCACACCGCCUUUGGAUGUCAAAACCGUGACCCCAGAGGAAGGGGUCAGCCCCACCGCCACGGAAGAUGGCGAUACUGUGACCGUUGCCGCCGAUACAAUGGUGCGCUCCUUUCCGCUACGGCUGCUCGAAGAGAUUCGCAACCGCCAUAACCUGACGCCCGGCGCUGCCCGAGGUACGUCGUUUUCACGUAGCAUUCCGACUACUAUUUCCGAGCGUUCUGCACCCUCGUCAACUACCAGCCCGACCGGGACAAAGACCAUUGAGCCCCAUGACGAAGCCGCAGCCUCCGCCGUACCCGUUCGACCUGUGCAUCCCUCUCCCACCGGCCGCGACGAUAAGGAACAUGUGGCCGAAGAUGAAGAGGACGAAGAGGAAGAGUCGGAUAAGGAACAAAUCUCAUCAGCUUUGUACAUUCCACAUCAAGCGCCGGCUCUCCGAGAUUACCAUGAAGCCACGGAUGAACACGGGCUGGAUGAAGCCAAGGAUCAGUUUGUCAAAGCCGAACGCGAAGAACCCGAGCGCAAGCAGUGGGUACCGGAACGGGAGGCACCUCCAUCUAAUGAGAUUGACAUUGCCUUUCAAUCUCAAGAUGAAAGUCGAUUUUUUCAUGGCGAUUUGCAAAUGCCACGGACGCCGCCGGCCGAGGUCACAGCUCCAAAACCCGUCCCGACGGCGGACUUUGCGCCGUCAUCCGCAUCUGAGACCGAGUAUGAAUCUUGGGAUGACAUGCAGCGCUCUGUUACCGAAGAUGAAUCCAGCUUGACCGACCACGCCGAGACAACCCCUACGGCAACACCUACUGGGCGUUCGUCCGUGACACGGUCCAGCCCUCGCAAGGUUCUCUCUGCUCAACCGACACCAUUAAGCGCUGUCGAGCUCAAACCCUAUAAUCAUCAGGUUGGAGGUCAUACGACAGUCUUUCGCUUCUCGAAAAAGGCUGUCUGCAAGCAGCUCAGUAAUCGUGAGAACGAGUUUUACGAGACUGUCGAACGUAAACAUCCUGAGUUACUCCAAUUCUUACCGAGGUAUGUGUGGUAUUCCUCGAUUUAUUCCUGAGGUGCUCCGUUUCCUUGGUCUCUCUGGCGGAAGCUUCUGAGUUUCGAAUCCCAGUGAGAUCUGACUUGGGUUUCUCUAUGCUAACGUCUUCAUUUAAACUCUUGCGAAUAGAUAUAUUGGGGUGCUCAAUGUCACUUACCGUAAAGCGCCGAAGAAGAAAAGGGCU